AUGAAGCAACCCCGCAAUCUGUCAUCUUUGGCAGGAAUGGUUGCUUUCUUAUUGUUGUGUGUAUUGGCUUCGACCAACGUUACCUCGAUAAAUUGGCAUUGCAUAUUUUGGUCGAUAUCAGUGCAGUUUAUUUUAGCUUUAAUAUUAUUACGAACCGACUGGGGUAUCAGUGGUAUAGAGUGGGUUGCAGCCUGCGUCGAAUCGUUUAUGGAAAAUGGUUAUAAAGCGUCUAAGUUUGUUUUUGUAUCCAUUUAUUGUUUAAUAUCAUUUCAGUCCCUACCACUGUUGUUCCUGGUUAACUCCUUCCUGGCCAUUUUGUAUCAUGUUGGUCUCAUGCAGAUCCUAAUCAGAGGAAUUGGUAAAUUUCUAAGUUCCACGCUGGGAACAACUCCACCAGAAUCUCUCAGUGUAUCCGCCAACAUGUUCUUAGGAUCGUCUCAGUCGGCUCUGGUCAUUAAACCCUAUCUAAAUUCAAUGUCCAAAUCUGAACUGUUCUCAAUGAUGGUCGGUGGCUUUGCGUCGGUUAGUGGAGCUGUAUUCGGCAUCUUCAUCAACUUCGGGGCGCCAGCCAAGCAUCUUCUAACAGCCUGUAUCAUGUCAGCCCCGGCAUCGUUUGCUAUCUCUAAAUUACUGGUACCGGAAUCCAAGAAGAACAGAAACAAGGACUGGGAGGACGCUGAUCUAGACAUCCAGAAGUAUAAGAAUUUAAUAGACGCUACAGGACGAGGUGCUCUAGAAGCUGUGACUGUAUGUUCCAGUGUUAUAGUAAACCUCUACGUCUUUUACGCUCUGCUACAAUUUAUCAACAGUCUAAUGAUCUGGACUGGUGAACGAAUUGGUGUACAGGGACUCAGUUUUCAGUAUAUCAUAUCGUACUUGUUACUCCCUAUACCAAUGUUGAUGGGAGUCGAUUUAGUCGACUGUCGAGGGGUGGCCAAACUCAUUGGAUAUAAACUCGUUGGAACUAAUGGUCUGGCUUUUAUAAUGUUGGGAAAACUCAGAGAGAACAAGGAACUGUACCUGGAAUAUUCUCUCGGUGCCAAUAGAACUUGGCAUUAUAAAGGAGAUGAUAUUAUCCUGGAUUCCUGGAAUACUACACUCGCAGCAACUUACGCCAUGUGUGGAUUUUCAAAUUUUGCCAGCAUGGGAAUCAUGAUGGGGACAUUAUUUGCUCUGGCACCUAAACGACAAGAAUUGCUGGUGAAUAUAAUAUUGAAAGCUAUGAUAGCAGGGAAUAUAGCAUGUUACCUCACAGCCUGUAUAGCAGGUAAGGUCAAAAUAUAA